UGAUUAAAUUUUCAUACUGUGUAUUGAUGAAAAACAUAUAUGAAAUGUGAUAAGUUAUUGAUAGUUAAUAUUAGGUCAGCGCCCAGGACAGAUUUGUUUACGGCGAGCAGAGGUGGACGAAUCGUAUCUGUGAUACACCUCACUGAAGUUACAGGAGAGAUAAUAUAAACGCUAGAGUGAUAGCAAUGGAAGAGUUCGUUUAGUCUAGUGUGGUGCUGACAAGUGGGCACCAUGCCACGCUCUGCUUCUGUGUCGGCAGUUCCCCGACGUUUGUAUACACACGCUGCCUCCGCUAGUCCCGGCAAGCGGCCGACUUCCCCUCAGUCAUCAGGAGCCGCUGCACGCCGCAACUCCCUCGAGCUGCUCGACCCUCUGAACUACCCACCCUCGCCCCGAGAGUACGACUCGUGGCCGUGUGAUUCUUUCUUCCUUCUACCCGACUCCGUGUUGGGCAUGGAUGCCGGAGCCUUCAGGGCUGAUCUCACAUCAAUUGACCCUGCUUUGUGUGCCUCACUGCCGGAUUGGAGUAACAAAUUUGACACUAACACUCCCGUGAACCUUCGGUCUUCACACAGACGUACUAACCACGAACGGUCCGGCGUUUCGUUGCGUCAUAGUCACCAAGGACUGACAGUCACCACUGCUGGUCGAGGCACCAUACUUAUAGGCGGCGGCGGUGGUAGCGGUGACGGUCGAGACGGUAACAUGAUGGUAGGUGGGAGUGGGGCCUCGCCUGCGGUGCAAGGUCCUGCUGCUGCAGACUCCUCAUCUUCCCCUGCCAACUUUGCCGAUUCUAACAACGCUCACUCCAACUCCAAGGAACAAUCACACAAAGGGUUCAACACGAGCAACAUAGUGUUCGAGUACGGCGGAUCAGAAGAUCGUUUCGUUACCACGCAACGGGCUGAGCAUUCCUCCUGCUUCACGAUUUAUUCAACAUCACCGUCUUUUCCCGCAUCACCUAUUCAUCCCUGCAUCGACUUCGAAUUUGGAAGCAACCGCGAACUACUAGGUUCUCAAUGCCGCUCGUUAGCCACAAUUUCUGAAGAUACUUUGCUUGCGUCUACUACCAUCACAUCUACCACCUCAGCCGAUUCUGCUGCCGCACCUUCACCUCACAACCUCUCUUCUAAAUCCCCAUUAGCUGGCCCUAAUGAAUUAUUUUUCGGAACAGGCGCUGAGCGGACCUCCAACGUGUCCCAUAGGGACAGAGAAGAGAGGCUUCGUCAGCUCAGAGAGCGGCAGCAAAACGAGAGGCAACAGAAACUCGAGGAGCUCAAAGAACAUGCGAAUGAUUGGUCGGAACAGGCCGCUGCUGCCCAGCGCUUUCGCGAGCAGCAGGAGGCUCAGCGGCGGCAGAGGCUCCAGGAGCUGCGUUCUCGUGACCAGGACCGUCGUCUGCAGGUGGAGGAGCGUCGGCGCGUCAUAGAACAGGCCGACCAGCAGCGUCGGGAGGCUAGCAUCAAAAAGAACGAGCGCGACCAGCGCCUCGAGACAAAGCGGCGCAACGAGCGCAGCAACAUCGUCUUCGCGUUCGGCUCCUCCACGCCCCGCAUGCUGGACCCCAAGGAGACCAGCUCUUUCUGGGGCGCCCGCCGAGCGACAUCCAUCAGCAACGUGACGCUCGGCGCUGAAGGCAGCGGCUCCGGCAGCUCAGCCCGCAGGUCGUCUGAUUGCGUGGACAGCGCCGCCGCUGCUGCAGGAGGCGCUGCUGUGGGCGCCCCUGACCUCGCGCGCAAGCGGGCCACUUCUGCGCAAGGCCUCGACCGCAACCUCAAUGACUUACGCAUGUCGAGCUCCAUGUAUGAAGUGUUUCACUGGACCGACAGCAGCACCGGGGGCUCUCCUACGCAAGGCGCAGAUGACAAGAGUCGCUCAUCGACCACCUCCGUAGCACGUCGCCGCACGGACCUGCACCCCAUCAUUCCGUCGUUGAGGGACUCCACUUCGAACAAGCCGAGGCGGCGGUCCCCAGGUAGAGCUGUGUCCAUGUCGCGACUCGACCAGCUUGCCAAACCCAGGCAGUAUCCUCACUUGCUGGCUCCUUUGCAUGAGAAAGACUCGGAGCGCAUGACCUCUAGUAGCCCUCACUCGCGUACCCGAAGCAUGACUCACUUGGCAGGUGGACGCGGUGGCUCGAGCCGCGCACCCGCUGCGGGUGAGGUCACUGCUCAGAAACUCAACAAGCAGCUGUCACGUAGUAGUGCUGCACUCGUGCGGUCUACUCGCGCUGAACAGCUGCGACAACAUGCACGACUCAUCUCAGGAGGUCGCAGUGGCGGCACCACUCCCAACCAGAUUUCCUCACGCCCAACAAGCGCUCUAAGCCAGACGUCGUCCAGCGCAUCGCCUGCCGGCGUAGUACUCAGGGCACGCACGACACCUCGCAAGCCGCGCCCUAUGAGCAUUGGUGGAUCUGCUCCAUCUGCUGCAGACAGACCGCGAUCUCCUUCUUGUAGAGAGGGCAGGACUGCCGUCAGGAACACAUCGAGUGGCAGUUUGACGUCUGUCAAAUCUUCCCGCGCCAAAAGUGUCGGCGGCCCCGACAGCAGCGCUCCCUCGACGCCGGCCAAGACGGCUCCUAUAGCCCCACCUCGCACUCCUAAGCGCACGCCAGCUCAGGUCAAAGCUGACAGUAAUGCGAAGAAGGCUGAAAAAGCGGCUGCGUUGGCCACCACGUCAGCUCCGAAACGUCCUACUCCUAAAGCAAGUCCCGGCGCUUCUCCCACCGUUGAAAAUAAACCUCUAACAGCGGCAAACAGAAAAGUUACCCUGAAAAAAUCUAUCGAAAAGCCAAAGGCAUCAGACCCUCAACAAGACAAGGAAAACUCUUCUACGCAAGGACUUGAAAAGGAACAGUCUAACGUAGAGGUUUCUGAAUCUGAGGCAAUCUUUGAGCCAGCAAGUACUGUCUCAGAUAAACCGGACUCGGGAAUUAUUUCUGAUGUUAAAAGCGACGCAUCCACUUUAGAGCAUACGACGAGUAAUCUAGAAACCGCGGUACAGGCUGUGAACAAAGAAUCAACUGUCGAAAGCGAAACUACCACCACAACAAUAGAAACGAGUGCUUUUGAGGGUGGCAAUGAGACGAAAGUUAUCACUGAAACGGUGACGACGGUUACUUCAUCAGACGGAGCACUCGAAAGCGUCCAAACUAUUGUCGAGACGUCCGACAUCGUUAUUACGUCCAUUGAAGAGACUGUCCCUUCACAGGAACAAACGACAGUUGCGACUACGGUGUCGAGCAACGAAAAUACUGAUAUUGUUGCUGAGGUUGAAAAAGUUGCCAACACCAAUGAGGCGCCCAAACCUGGUUUCAUUCCCGAGUUUGACGAGGUGGUCGCUAUGAACGAGGCCGAUAAGAAUCAAAAUGGCACGGGCCCGUCUGGAACAGAUCGACCUGUAACUGGCUAUGCCUCGGAAGAGGAAUACAAAGCAGUGCUUGCUGAGAAACGUCGCCUCGCGAGGGAAGCUCGUGAACGUGAAAUCGAGAUGGAACGCCAGAAGCAGAUUGAGGAAGCUGAGAGAGAACGUAGGGAGGAAGAAGAAAUGCUGCGUUUAAUGGAGGAACAAAAGAAAGCCGAAGAAGAGCGACUACGUCUUGCUAUUGAACAAGCAGAUAGAGAGAGGGAAGAAGAACUCAAACGCAAAGCUGAGGAGGAGAAACUACGAAUUGAGGCUGAGCGUCAAGAAGCUGAACGGCAAAAGGAAGCAGAGGAGAAAUUACGCAAAGAAGAGGAAGAGCGAAAGUCGCGUAAGGACCGCGUCGCUGCCAUCAUGGCUCGCACAAGGAGAGGAGGCAGCCUUACUCCAAACAAGAGUGAAUCGAAAACUCCUUCGGAUGAGAGCAAAACAAUCAACGAGGCGUUGCUGAAAGCUAAUCUCACCGACUCGAUGAUAGACAAAAUGUCUGAUUCAAUGAUAGCUGCAGCCACUAUAGACUCUGAAAAUGAAAGCUGUCAAGCCUCGAGCGGAGUAUCUUCUCAGCCGAUGAGUGACGCAUCAUCUCAGCCUAACAGCGACGUGUCAAGCUCCCACGCUCCGUCCAGUGAUGUGUCAUCACAGAGCACACUCGGCCACAGUACUGUGGACACCAGUGGUGCGAGCUCGCUGGAUCAGACUGUGCAGGGUAACAUCAUCAGCUCUCAAGAAGCUUCGGUGGACCUACUGAGUGCGGCUGUCGCAGAUAUCACGUUGCACCAUCACACCAACGGCAACGUAUUGCUCACAGACACUACUAACGCACCACAGUCUAUGGAUCUGCUCGGCUCCCUUAAUGGACACACAAAUGGCGUCAACAAUUGCAAUCCUGAGCAGGAGAGCGUGGAUCUCCUGGGGUCAUUCAAUCCAAUCACCAGUGAUGCAGCGUUUGGUGACCAGUCCCACGCCUUCACAACAAACACGGCAGAUUUUGAGCAGAUUAUUGACGCUGGUCAAUUCAAACUAACUAAUGAAGAUGCCAUUAACAGCAACCCGCCAGCAGAUCCAUUUAUAGCAUUCGAACAAAAUUUGAAUAAGAAAACUUCAGAAAACAACACAUCCGUUCCAGAUAUUCUGAUGUGAGCGCUGCUCCUCACAGACGAUACGUCGGAAGUGUUACGUUUACGUUUCCCCGGCUCCAAAAGGCCGAUGUGGUCUCGUUCUUCACACCGCCCGCAGUCAAGCCGUCGGGGAAAACCAAUUCUUAGUCAUUAGAUUCUAGUGGCAUAAAAAUGAAGCCAUUUUCGUGCGAUGUUCAUUCAAUUUUUUUCUCCAUUGUUUUCAAUUCUAGUUAGAUUCAAGUAUCUCGAGUGUUUUUUGUGAUUGAUUAUAGUAAACCGAUAUCAUAUGACUCGAGUGACAUUUGUGAUGAAUUAAUAGUAAAAUGUUAUUUGUCUCUUAACAUGAGAAUCAAGUAUUCUUAGCCUAUCUGUCCAUUACUUGUACCAUGUUGAAGGCACUAGUAACCGAGCGUUGUGGUGCCCCUUGAUAGGAUAACAAGUUUAAUAGUGAUAGCCCCGCCAGCCGCCACACCUCGUUAUUGAGGCCUUGCUUAGAUUUAUUGCGUCGAGCAUGCGGUGUGGUGCACUUGAUUAGAGUACCAGAUAAAUAUCAUCGUACUCGUCUUGAUCUAUGAACAGACUAUCAUGAAAUGAUGUGAACUAAUGCCUUAAUUGAGUUAUCUUGAAAAUCUUUAAAUAUGAAGAGUUGUGAAGGAUGUGCAUGUGAUCGAGCUGGCAAUUAUUGUCUUAAUUUAAUGGGCUUGAUGUGCUUCCCUAUCCGCAUAGCAACUUCUUGUUUAUCGUCGUUAUCUUAGGUAAUUUCUUAGAUAGUGGAAAUAUCUUUUUUAUGUAAUAAUCAAGACAUAAGCUAAUAAUGUACAGAGAUUUAAUUACACUAACUUCAUAUUAAGGGCUUCACAUUUCAGCAUGAAAGUGCGAGUAAUCGUAUUAGAUAUUGAUAGGUUUCAAAUCCUGAAUUUUAACUAAUCAUCUAACACUUAUUAGUUACAUUUGAGGGUCAAUUCGAAAAAAUGGCAUCUAUAAAUUCAUUCAACCAGCUUGUCUCGAUCCGAGAUCAACUUAUCUAAUAGAUCAAUUUGAAGCUAGCUUUUACGUAGGAAUUGGUUAUUUUACGAUUGAUUAACUAGAAGGUUAAAUUGCAGGCAUCAGCUUCCCCUUGGCUUUGUGCGGACACUCCGCUUUCUUGUAUCUACACUCAAUAACCGUGUAAAAAUGCUUAUGUGAAAAAUGAUGAACGAAUAAACGUUUUCUUUUAUUCCAUAUCAA